CUUCACACUUUCUCUCUCUCAUCAUCGUCAUCAUGCCAUCUCGUCUACCUCCAUCUCCAUCUCCACGGCCACCGCCAACGCCAACUGACCACCACCAAAUCCGCCUUGUGCCUCCACUAGCCGUUGCUUUCUCUUUUCUCGUAGUCCUAAGCCUCUGCUUCCGCAAGUUCGCAACACGCAAGCGCACCGCCCCUUCCGACGCAAAACCUCCUCACAAGUUCUCCUACACAGCCCUACGCCGCGCCACAUCCUCCUUCUCCCCAUCAAACCGCCUAGGUCAAGGCGGUUUUGGUUCCGUUUACCGUGGAACCCUAAUCAAUAACCAGGAUGUUGCUGUUAAGGUCAUGGACGCCGGUUCUCUCCAAGGCGAGCGUGAGUUUCAAAACGAGCUCUUCUUUGCUGGAAAAAUUGAUUCUGAUCGUAUCCUCUCCGUGGUUGGAUUUUCCUCCGACCGGAGACGACGGCGAAUGGUGCUUGUUUAUGAACUUAUGACUAACGGAAGCCUACAAGAUUGCUUGCUUCAUCGCAAGUGUGCGGAGCUAAAGGAGUGGAAAAACCGGCUGUCGGUUGCAAUUGAUAUCGCUAAAGGUAUCGAGUAUCUUCAUCAUUAUUGUGAUCCACCAAUUAUUCAUGGUGAUAUAAAACCUAGUAAUAUACUGUUAGAUCAUAACUUCAAUGCGAAGAUUGGGGAUUUUGGUUUAGCUAGGUUAAAACCUGAAGAUGAGGGUCGAGUUGAAUUGAAUAGUAAGAUUGAGGAAGGGAGAAAGGUGGGGAAUUCAAUAAUGGAGGAUAACGGAUCUGUCUUCGAGGAGACUGAGAGUCUGGCAACAACUACAGUGUGUGAGGAAUUUAGUGUAGCUCCGGAUAAUCAAUCACCUGAGAGUUUUGUUACGGUUGCAAUUGCGGAGACAUCCCCGGAGACGAUUCCCCCAUCGCCAAGGAUGGCUGCAGCAAGGGAUGUGAGUGUGUCAGAGGGAAAUCUUGAUGCGAUAAGCCUGGAGAGUGGUGGUGGUGGUAGUGUGAAGAAAAGUGGGAGGAGAAAGAAGAGCAUGUCAGGGAAGGAUUGGUGGUGGAAACAGGACAAUGGUAUGUCGGAGUCAGGACGUGUGAAGGAUUAUGUGAUGGAGUGGAUUGGGAGUGAGAUCAAGAAGGAGAGGCCAAAGACAGAAUGGAUCACAACUGGGGCUUCAUCCAGUGCAGGGCAAACAGGAAAAUCAGAAAAGAAGAACAAAAAGAGGCUGGAUUGGUGGAUUUCACUGGACGAGGACAAGAAUGUGAAGAAACAGAAGAGAAGGCCAGCAAGGGAAUGGUGGAAGGAGGAAUAUUGUGAUGAACUAGCAAGAAAGAAAAAGAAGAACAAGAAGAAGCAGGGGAAAGACUCGACUAACGAUAACAUUAACAAUGAUAACUGGUGGCCAAAAGAUGAUGAGAUAUAUGUAGAUAGAAAGAAAAAGAGAAGCAGGAGCAGGGGUAGCAGAGGUAGUGUCGAUUGGUGGUUGGAUGGAUUUAGUGGUGAGCUUUGGAGGGCACGGCACAAUAGCCAUGAUUCUGUGAGCGGCGAGAUACCCAGAAGUGGUGGUAUUAGCAGCACACCAAGCAUGAGGGGAACUGUUUGUUAUGUUGCCCCAGAGUAUUCAUGUGGUGGGGAUCUCUCAGAGAAGUGUGAUGUUUAUAGUUUUGGGGUUCUGCUGCUAGUUCUAAUUGCUGGGCGGAGACCACUUCAAGUGACUGGAUCGCCCAUGUCGGAAUUUCAGCGAGCAAAUCUUCUAUCUUGGGCACGUCAUCUUGCUCGUGCAGGGAAACUUCUUGAGCUUGUGGAUCAGUCUAUUCAAUGUUUAGAUAGGGAACAAGCUCUAGUUUGUAUUAUAGUGGCACUUCUCUGCCUUCAAAAGUCCCCUGCACUUCGGCCCUCUAUGAAAGAAGUAGUGGCAAUGCUCUCUGGAGAUCUAGAGCCACCCCCGCUACCGGUGGAGUAUUCCCCAUCGCCUCCAUCUCGUUUCAGGUCCCAUAGGAAAGUGCGGUGAGUUUUAAUGUGUUGAAUCAAUUUUCAUGAACAUUUGUAUACUGAUAUAGGUAACAGAUUGUUGGAGCACAUUUGUAGAUGUUUAAUGUAAGCAAUGAGAUUUAUAUAUUCCAAAUAACUUGAUUUUGUUUUGA